AUGCAGGGACGGCUUCCUUCCCUAAUUCUUAUAAUCAAUUUCAAAGAAGGGGUUCUUGAUUCCUUUGUUUGGAAGGACAUGGGUUGCUCAGAGUCAACAUGCGAGCCUGGCUCCUUUUGCCGAAUGGACGCGCAGUUCCUGCUUGCCCUGCCCCCGGACCUCGUUUAUAGCACACUUUGCGACCCCAGCAAUAAAAGAGUCUUCAAGAAUAUCACGGAUGUGAGCUACCGCAACGUGCUGUACGACGAUGGUGGCGUGCAGGAGGUGGAGCUGCAGCAGGGAGCCAGGUGGCGCUUCCUCUUCCUCUCAGGAACCUUUGACGUGCGCCUGAGAGUCAAGCAGGACCGACCCAACCUCAAGCUCGAAAGCCCUCAGAAUGUGUUUUCUGCCAAGUACGUCCCUUUCUCUCCGGAUCAGAAGCCAACUGAAGAGUACUCUCUAGACGAGGUCAUCUACACCAGCAAGGACGGUCUGUUGCUGGACGUGCAGCAUGACUACGAGGCUCUCAAACGCUACGACGCUGCGUACUGGAAGAAGCUCUUCGACUCCCGGGUUGGGAAGCACACGUGGCCUUACGGAUCUGGGGUGUGGAGCAAGAAGGAAUGGGUUCUCCCGGAGAUCGACAACGACGACAUCGUGAGCAUGUUCGAGGGCAACUCCAACCUCUUCUGGGCCGAGCGGUACGGCAAGGAGCUCGGAAUGUCCGAUCUGUGGGUCAAGCAGUGCGGCAACAGCCACACUGGUUCCUUCAAGGAUCUGGGCAUGACAGUGCUCGUGAGUCAAGUGAAUCGGCUGCGGAAGAAGAACAUGCCGCUCGCAGCCGUCGGAUGCGCCUCCACCGGCGAUACCUCCGCUGCUCUCUCCGCCUACUGCGCUGCCGCCGGCAUCCCCGCUAUUGUCUUCCUCCCUGCUAACAAAAUUUCCCUCGCGCAACUCGUGCAGCCCAUCGCGAACGGCGCGCUGGUGCUGUCGAUCGACACGGACUUCGACGGGUGCAUGCGGCUGAUCCGCGACGUGACGGCGCAGCUGCCCAUCUACCUCGCCAACUCGCUCAACUCGCUGCGCCUCGAGGGCCAGAAGACGGCCGCCAUCGAGAUUUGCCAGCAGUUCGAGUGGGAAGUGCCCGACUGGGUCAUCGUGCCUGGAGGCAAUCUGGGCAACAUCUACGCGUUCUACAAGGGCUUCUACAUGUGCAAGGAGAUGGGCCUCGUCGACCGCAUUCCCCGCCUGGUGUGUGCGCAGGCAGCCAACGCGAAUCCGCUCUACCUGUCGUUUCAGAAGGGCUUUGAGCAGUUUGAGCCGGUGCGGGCAACGCAGACCUUCGCCUCUGCCAUCCAGAUUGGCGACCCUGUGUCCAUCGACCGAGCUAUCUUUGCGCUCAAGGCAUCCAAUGGCAUAGUGGAAGAGGCUACCGAGCAAGAGCUCAUGGACGCUGCAGCAGAGGCGGAUCUCACUGGCAUGUUCAACUGCCCACACACAGGAGUGGCUCUGGCAGCUCUGAAGAAGCUGCGCAGUCGGGGAGUGAUUGGUCCCAAUGAUCGCACGGUGGUGGUCAGCACAGCACACGGCCUCAAGUUCGCCCAAUCCAAGGUGGCGUAUCACUCGAAUGAGAUUUCUGGUAUGGUGUCGACGUUUGCCAACCCUCCUGUGAGCGUGAAGGACAACUUGGGAAGUGUCAUGGAUGUGUUGAGAGAGCGCAUUGCCAAGUAA